GGAGCGGGAGGAGGAAGCGGGGGGACUCCGGAGGACCUUUCCCGGUGUUUACAGCCACGCACGGAUCGGUGCCAAAGCUGCCGGGAUGCGGCUGAGCUUGUUCAUCCUGCUCUGCCCCCGGGGAAACUGAGGCACGGGUGGGUGGGGAGGGCGGCGCUCCUCGGGAGGAGCCAAAGCUGCCGUGGGAGGUCCCACGUACCUGCCCGAACAGGUGUUUGUGGAUCCCUGGGGUCCGAUCCCUCCGCGCCUGGGGGAGCGGGGGGUUUGGGAUCCCGCUGGAGCAGCACAUGGAGAUGCGGGGUGCCCCCCCAAUCACCCCUCUGCCCUUCCCGCAGCGCUCCGACCCACGCCUGCUCUCCCAGUUCUUCUUUGCCGACGAGAGGGUGACACGGGUGGUGGCCGAGAUCAACGGGCUGGAUGCCGAGCUGGAUCCGCAGCAGUACCUGGUGCUCCUCAACCAGCUCCACCUCAGCCAGGCUCACCUGCUGGCCGUCCUGGAGCGGAUCAUGGAGGAGUGCAUCCCCACGCAGCGGCACAGCCGUGACUACCUGGUCAAGUUCCCCGAGGAGCUCUUGGUGGACAAUUUGGGGAACCACAUGCUGUUUGCUGCCGAGUGUCUCCUGGCUGGGACCUUCCUGGAGAUGGAGGAGUCAGACGGGGCACAGCUGCGACCCCAGGCCAGGAAUCUGCUGUGCAGCCUGGAGCUGGUCAGGACAGUGCUGCGGGAGCAAAGCCUGAGCCAGCCCAGCUCCUACCCAGAGCCUGUCCGGGCUGUGCUCAUCCAAUUUGACCGGCUGUUUGCAGAGUUUGAGCUGAGCUAUGUGUCCUCGCUGGUGGCAGUGAAGUCUCCUGAUGAGAUCUACAGGCAGCAGGAGAUCAUCGUGCUCUUCUGUGAGACAGUGGAGAGAGCCCUGCACCUGGGCUACCUGACCCAGGAGAUGAUUGAUGGCUACGAACCACUGCUGAUGUUCACCAUCCCUCGCCUGGCCAUUAUCAGUGGUCUCCUCAUCUACCCCGAGGGACCCCUCAGCCUGGAGCGGAGCCCUGAGGAGAUGUCCCGGGUCUUCAGCCCCUUCUACAACCUCCUGAAGAAGAUCAGGGACCUCUUGUGGGUGCUGUCAGCAGAGGAGCUCUGCCUGCUGGAGAGGAGCCUGUGCACAGCCGAACAGGAGGAUCCCUGCAGUCCAGAUGCCCCCCCAGCCUGGGGGCCAUCUGUGCCCAGUGUGGACCCCCCUGCUCCCUUCAGUCUUCUGGAGGUCCCUAAUGCCACCCAGCCACUCCCCACCUGCCAGACACGACUGGGACCCCCCAGUGCAGUGCAUGACCCGGGCACCGACCGGCAGCAGGGGCGUGCGGUGGGCAGGGAACAGGGCCAAGAUGGCAAAUCCCUGUCCACUGGCACAGGGAUAUCUCAUGCCAUCCCUGGCAUAGUGGUCACCUCCCCCCUGCGCAGUCCCCAGCCCCUUGGGAGCGGCCCAGGGACGGGGGUCAAUGCCACCCCAGGUGCCCGCUGCUCGGAGCUGCGCUCCCGCUACAGCAGCACCAAGGACAUGCUGCACACCCUCUUCGUCUGCAUCUCGGGGGUGGCUGAUCAGCUCCAGACCAACUUUGCCAGUGACAUGAGAAGCAUCUUGAAAACGGUCUUCAAGAUCGUGUGCUCGCAGGCGGAGCCCUCGGGGGAGCAGAGUUACAGCAAAGAGAAAGAUGGUGACUCCUGUGUGACAGAUGCUCCUCGUGUGGCUGACUGCCCACUGUGCUCCAGCCCUGCAGAGGCUGCCAGGCUCCGGAGGGCAGGUGCCCGCCACCUGCCCGAGUGGGUGCCGGACAGCACAUGCAGCCAGUGCUCUGCCUGCCGCUCGCCCUUCACCCUGCUGCGGCGCCGGCACCACUGCCGCAGCUGUGGGAAGAUCUUCUGUGCCCGCUGCUCACCGAAUACCGCAGUGCUGCCCUACUACGGCCAGAGCAAACCCGUACGAGUCUGCACCCACUGCUACACCACACACCUGCCGCCCGCGUCCCGCUGUGCCCGGAGCCAGUGA